AUGGCUUUCAGGGGGUCCACAGACACAUUAAAUAAACCAGACAAUGGCAAUUUUCUGAAAGAAGUGGAGCUCAUGGCCAAAUUUGAUCCAGUGAUGAAGCAGCAUGUCAGUAGAGUAGAAAGUGGAGCUGGCAGUCACAUACAUUAUCUGGGAAAAACAAUCCAAAAUGAACUGAUUGACACCAUCAGUUCAAGAAUAACAAAACGCAUUGUGGAAGAUAUCAAAACACCAAAGUAUUUCUCCAUCAUUUUAGAUUGCACACCUGAUCUGAGUCAUAAGGAACAGCUCUCUGUCAUAGUCAGGAUAGUGUCACAAGAAGACAUACCACAAGUUAAAGAGCAUUUCCUGGGCUUUCUUGUUGCAGAGGAAUCAACAGGAGAUCAUUUGUCAACUCUCAUCCUAAAACGGAUAGAGGAGCUUAACAUUCCUUUUGAAGACUGCAGAGGACAGUCCUAUGACAAUGGGGCCAACAUGAAGGGAAAAAAUAAAGGUGUUCAGGCAAGGUUGCUUCAGCUAAACUCAAGAGCUUUUUUGGUCCCAUGUGGUGCCCACACUUUAAAUCUGGUAGUAGCUGAUGCUGCAAAAAGCUCACCAGAUGCCCUUGGCUACUUUGGGCAUUUAGCAAAAUUAUUCAAGCUCUUCUCAGCCUCCACCCAUAGGUGGGGUGUUCUCCUGAAACAUGUGAAAACCACCUUGAAAUCAUGGGCUGAGACCAGAUGGGAAAGCAGGAUAAAAAGCAUUGAGGCAGUCAGAUAUCAGGCUCGGCAAGUCAGAGAGGCUCUUCUGGAGGUGAGGGAAACAGCUACAGACCCUGUGGUCAGAGUUGAAGCCCAGUCUUUGGCUGAGGAGAUUGGAUCCUAUCGUUUUUGCAUUUUUACAGCCAUCUGGUAUGACAUUCUCAGCAAGAUCCAGUAUGUGAGUAAACUCAUGCAGUCGCCCUCCAUGCAGCUAGAUGUGGCUGUCGACUUGCUGAAGAAAACCAAAGAUUCCCUCACCAGCUACAGAAACACUGGAUUUUCUGAUGCACAGACAACGGCAAAGGAGAUGUGUGAAGAAAUGAAUGUGGAGGCUGAACUCAAACAAAAGCGAUUGAGAACCACCAAAAGGCACUUCGGUUCCUGUUACAGUGGCUGCUGCUGAAAGAAGCUUCUCUAAGCUCAAACUCAUUAAAACCUACCUGAGAUCUACUAUGAUGCAAGAACGUCUCAGUGGACUUUCCAUCAUAAGCAUAAAUCAUGUGGUCUCAAAUCAGUUGUCAUAUGAUGAUGUUGUAGAUGACUUUGCUGCAAGAAAGACUAGGAGAGUAAGGCUGUAGCAGGUGAUGUGAGGUUGAUGAGGGGGUGGUGUACAGUAAUUUGUAAGUCAUUCUAGUUAAUGCAGUAUUAAAAAGCACAACUAGAGAACUCUGUAGGAUCCCCUUUUUUGUAAUAUAGUUGCUAAAGUCAUACUGGUUUAUUUAAUAUCUUGUUUUGUGCAGUGCCUUAUUUAUAUUGUAUUUUUAAUUUAUUUUAUCCAACUUGUUGACACGUUUUAUUGUGUUUAUGUAUGUAAAAUUUAUUGUAUUUCAUAUAUUCAUUUUUUAUUUUUUGUAUUCAUUUAUUUAUUCAUAUAUUUUUUUAUCUUGUUAAUUAUUCUGAUUGUGAAUUUGCUUUCUUUAAGUAAAAAAAAAAGGUCAAAGACAAA